AUGUAUCCACAAUUUUCACCAACUUUCCUAUCCCGUUCUUCAUCAUUGCCCUUUCGUAACAACACUCUUGAGCCAAUGUCUGCAAGUCGGGUCACUCAUAAUAUACCGUCUUUGCGUAGUCAGCCUGUUCUGAGAGAUUCUAUUGCACUUCCAUCUAGACAUCACAAAGAGUACACGGAUCUUGUACGACCCAUCCCAGGAGCUUCUGCUAUUCAAAGACUCCCUGUCCCGCAAGACAUCCCAGACAUUCGACCUGAGUCUCCCAUCUUUGCCUUCAAUCCUCCACCCAUCCAACACGUAUAUCACCAAAGCCGCUUCAACUUCACUCCCACAACCAAUCAACCCAUACUCGCCCAACACAGCUGGAAUCGUCUAUUCAUUGAGAUCCCCGAUCCCAUCUUCUACUUCAAUCCACCAAUAUAUCAACCCAUUGACAUGUACUACGGCUCCGAUGAAUUCUUAGCUUAUCAAGAAGUAGAACAUGAUGAUCACGAAGAUGGGACUGAUGAUACUUCACCCUUGGACACUCAAAGUGAUACGGGCUCUCAGACUUUAACCUCCGAUUCAAUUGGUUACAGUGACUCAAGAUGCGAUGUCAAUGUGGAUGACUCGGAUUCUCAGAGUUCAAGCUCUGAUUCGAAUGGUUCUUGUGAUUCAAGAUGUGAUUACGACGAGGAGCCUUCAAGUUCAAGCUCUGAUUCAGAUUCUUCUGGGUCUGAUUCAGUAUCAAGGUAUCAUGGAGAUGUGGAUGUCUGGGAUUCGCAGGCUUCAAGUUCUUCGGGUUGUUCUGUGUUUGGUUCAUCAUCGAUGUACGACUCUAACGGGACUUCAAGCCCUCGAUCACUUUGCUCUAGGUGUGAUUCACCAUCGAGGUACGAUGCAGAUGUGGAUGACCGCAACUUAGUGGAGGACCCACUUGAUCACGAUAUCCCAUUGAUGUAUCAUGAUCAUGCCUUGAGAGAUUUUAUCCCGCUUCCGGCUCGAGUUCAUGAAGAGGAGCACAAUAUCAUUCGUAACGAGCGGGUUGAGUAUGCACCCGCUUCACCUGUUGGUAUCGUUCGAGACGACCGAGAAGCUCAACCUGGACCCACAGGAGGAUAUGAUUCAGAUUCCACUUCUCCUGGUUUUACUAUGAAAAGACCUCGAUCAGGCGAUUCAUCUAAUAGUCCUACAAAAAAAGUCAAGCUUAUGGGACAAAAUCAUGAGUCACGAUAG